AUCUCUGCUGCAAGUUCAUCUUUGAGGAGACGACACUGCAGGUUCAAUGGGAAAAAGUCACUGUUAGAAAAAUAUUAUGUUCAAUGUGUUUCCAGAAUGCUUUCCCACCAAGUAGGAGUUCUCUCAUCUCUUUUGUUUACAUUGCAUUUUGCAGGCAUGCUAUUGCUUAACUGACCAUCUGAAACCAACAACUUGUGAACCAGCUGAUCUCCUAAUAAAGUAGAAGACAAGAUGCUUCAAAUUAUUAUUAUUAUGUUAUUGGGCUUAAAGAUAAAACAUCCCAGUUUCAAGGUUUGCUACCAGUACCAACUGUUGUCCAAGAGUACAAGACUGCCCUGAUUUUUUGUAAUCUUAUUCCAUAAGAAAACAAAAUAAAGACAAUUUACCAAAUAACUUCACAUCCCACAACUGCUGUUAACCAGCAAACAAUCAUUUGAAAGGGCAGAAGUCAAUGGAAACAAUACAAUAAUCAUUAAAGAUGGCUGUUGGCCUAAAUAAGUUUUACAUGUCAGUUUUGGCAAUUCUUUGAUAUGAGGCCAUCACAUGUGGACAAAGGGAAAUCAAACUUGACCAAACCAUUUUGCUGAUAUGCAAAUCAGGAUAAUUUAAAUGACAAUAGCUUUCCCUCGUCUGCACAUUCUGCAUUUCGAUAUAAACCACAACAGAGCUGCAGCUGGGUGGGAGGCAAGCAAUAUCACUAACAAUGGGGAAGAUUGCAUUCUUCGAGGAUAAGAAUUUCCAAGGCCGAAGCCAUGAGUGCAGCGCUGACUGUCCCGACCUGCGCUCUUACUUCGGCCGUUGCAACUCCAUUAAGGUGGAAAGUGGCUGCUGGGUGCUGUAUGAGCGUCCCAACUACACUGGCAACCAGUACAUACUGAGCCCCGGGGAGUACACUGAUCACCAGCAGUGGAUGGGAUUCAAUGAUAGCAUCAAGUCAUGUCGCUGUAUCAAAAAUGUGUAUGGAAAGUCCUGGAAGAUCAGAUUCUACGAAAAGAAGGAUUUUGGGGGUCAGGCGGCAGAGUGUGUUGAGGACUGCGCAUCAGUUUAUGAGGCCUUCAAGUUCCAGGAGGUCCACUCCUCCGUGGUUAUGGACGGUGCUUGGGUCCUCUACGAGCAGCCAGACUACCACGGCCACCAGUACUUCCUGGAACGUGGCGAGUACCACAAUUACACGGACUGGGGCGCCACCUCCCCUGCUGUGGGAUCCUUCCGCAUGAUCAAAGAGUUCUAGAUUGGCAGCUGGGUUCUGCAGCCCUAAUAAAGAGUGAUGUGAUGGCUCUGGGAUUCUAAAGAGAAUCAGGAACUCUGAGCUCUAAAAACACGAGUUCUAGAACCCCCGCAGGGUUCCAAAGCCGCCAGGCGACCACAACUCCAAAUUCUUCCGGAGUUCCAGAAUCUUGAGCAAGUUCUAGAACCACUCAAGAUGUUCCGAGUUCCAUCGGGAUGAGAUUCAGGAACUCGUCAGCCUCCCCUCUUCCCAGA